UAGCAAAGAAGUCAACCAAAAUCUUGAUUAUGGAGAAGCACUCUAGAGAGCAAUGGAUUUAGGAUAAGUAGAAGUAACAAAAAAAUAAAUAUACACCACAAAUUUAGCCAGCAUAAGAAGAAUGAUAUAAGGUGAAAUAAGGUGCAUUGUGUUGCCUAAAUGCAGUCAAUUCAAAUAGAUGAAGCUGUAAGACAAUUAGAAAAGGAUGACUGGAAUGGAGAAGUGCUACAACAAUGUUAUGUGAUAAGAGUUUACCUGCCAAAGUAAAAGGUAAGUUCUACAAAACGUCAUAAGACCUGCAGUGUUAUAUGGAAGUGAAUGUUUGGUCUCCAAGUCACAACGUGCCCACAUAUUGAGUACCCUUGUUAUUUGUACAUUAGGUCUUCGUCCUGGGUAUGUACACUUACAUUAGGUCCUCGUCCUUGGUACACUUGCAUUACAUCUGGUGUUUGAUAAGAGUCUUUUCAGUUCAGGUAUGUAUAUUAUGUUUAUAUGUAGCGAUGACUAGUUGGAUAAGGCCUAAUUUGUGCUAAAAGACGAAUUAUUGAGUACAGAAUGAAACAAGCCAAAUAGAAAUGGUUAUUGAGGAUUCAUAAAACUAACCCCAACUAGUUUGGGACUGAGGCACUAGUAGUUGUUGUGGUACAAUUGCUUUCCUUACUCUAGCCUUUCGCAGGUCAGUCAGUACAUAACAGGAGGUCUUGAAAGAGCCCGAGAUGGUCUUACUGUAGCUGCUGCCUUAAGGGAAAAGCACUUGCUGGGAACUAGUGUUAGCCGAAGAGUUGCUGCAGCAGCUGCUUCUGCCGCAGAAAAUGCAGCUGCUGCUGGCGAAAGCAGUUUCAGAUCUUUCAUGCUCUCUGUGCAACGUUGUGGAAGCAGUGUGGCUAUUUUGCAGCAGUAUUUUGUGAACUCCUUAUCGCGGCUUUUGCUUCCUGUGGAUGGUGCUCAUGCUGCUUCCAGUGAAGAAAUGGCAACAGCUAUGUCUCGUGCAGAGAAUGUUGCCUGUAAGGGGCUUCAACAGUGCAUUGAAACUGUCAUGGCUGAGGUGGAAAGGCUACUGUCAACCGAGCAAAAAGCAACAGAUUAUCGAUCACCUGAUGAUGGCAUUAUCCCCGACCAUAGGCCAACAAGUGCUUGUGCAUGUGUUGUUGCAUAUCUUUCUCGUGUUCUUGAGUCGGCAUUCACUGGAUUGGAAGGGCUCAACAAACAAGCGUUCCUGACUGAAUUGGGGAAUCGCUUGCACAAAGCGUUGCUUAACCAUUGGCAAAAGCUCACUUUCAAUCCUAGUGGAGGGUUGCGUUUGAAGCGCGAUAUAACAGAAUAUGGCGAGUUUGUUCGUAGUUUCAAUGCCCCCCAGAUUGAUGAGAAAUUUGAACAGCUCGGAAUCAUCGCAAAUGUGUUUAUUGUUGCUCCUGAAAGUCUUGGCCCGCUGUUUGAGGGAACUCCAAGCAUUAAGAAAGAUGCUCAAAGGUUUAUUCAACUUCGCGACGAUUACAAGAGUGCAAAACUUGCGUCAAGGCUCAGCUCCUUGUGGAAUUAGCUUAGUUUGGAUCAGAAAUUACACUCUGAAAGAAGUUAAGAAAUAAUAUACUGCUGAUAGCAUAGAAUAUAGAUAGAGUUGACGUUUAUAUGGCAAGGCUCGUCCAUCUCAAACUGGAACUUUUUAUUCCUGAGCUGGAAGAUUUGGGGAAGCUUUUGCUAAUUUAGAGGUAGUUCAUCUUAGUUCUAAGUUAUAUGAACCUCUUUCCUGGAUUACUUUUUGUUGUUUAAGUUUUUGAAACCUGCAAAAGUUUCUGAUGUGCUAUACUGUUAAUAAUUGACGAGAAAGAUAUAUCGGGUAGACUUAAUACUGUAAAUUAGGAAUUCAUACUUAAAUAUUUUUUAUGGAAAUAUCAAAGAUGUAAAGGGUUGGAAAUGUCCAACUCUCAUGUAAGAUUUGAGGAGGUAACGUUGCAUAUCUGAUUCCUUCAUAUAUUCAUUUUUUUGGAUUCUAAUAUACAAGAUAAAUUGUACAA